AGGUGUGUGCAUACCUACAAACUGCUCCAGGUUAUGCGAAGAGGCUUAUUAAAGUAUGUCAUAUCGCGGCGCAUGGGACGGCGGGCCGCCUGGCGCCGAGGCGGAGUAUGCGCCGCCCUACGCAGGGGGCGCCGCCCCGCCGCCUCCGCCCGUCAUGCCCACCACGGACCCCUGGACGGGCGUCAGCUACAGUCAGUAUGGACCUCCUCCCACCUAUGACUAUCAGAACUACGGCGCUGCCAACUACAACUACAAUUACGACGCUAACUACUACCAACGCCCGCCUGAGAACUACUAUCAGAAAUAUCCUGAGUCGACAGAUGCAUACUCCUCCCGGGAUGGUUAUGACAAUGCGCCCAGGCCGUCUACCCGGCCAAGGUCUCCUGCAGAAAUUACUGUAGUAAGAAGACGUAGAUCAUACUCUAGAAGUGUUAGUCCUUUUGAAAAGAAAGAUAGGGCAUAUUCAAGAAAAAUAAAUAGCUAUGAUGAGGUCCGGAAGACAAGAUCUCAUAGUAGGUCAAGUCGACUUAAGAGAGAAAAGUAUUCUUCCAGUGACCGCUCCAGCUCUAGGUCCUCGACUAGAUUGUCUCGUAAGAAGAUCAAAACCGCGCCCUUCGACCCGCGGUUCCCUAACCAGAACCAGACUAAAUACUGCUACCAGAGCUACCUGGACUUCUAUCGCUGCCAGAAGGUCCGAGGCGAGAAGUACGAGCCAUGCCAGUACUUCAAACGCGUCUUCACCUCCCUCUGCCCCAUCGAUUGGGUUGAGAAGUGGGACUCCCAGCGUAGCGAGGGCACGUUCCCUGGCAGGAUCUAAACUACCCAUUAUAUACGGGCCAAUUAAUUGUACAAUGAAUGACAUGGGUUGUUAUGCAAUAAAUUGAUCCGUAGUCUGGAACAUUCUGUGUUAAUUUAUGUUACGACUUAGGUCAAAGUGAUUUAGGAAAUUAAAUGAGUUAA